GCCACUAUAUUUCCAGCCCCUAAAACAUACUUUUAAUAUGUAAUACUUUGGCUGCUCUUUAUGGAAAGUAUAUUGUUCAAUGUGUUCUAAUUAAUCAUAGAAGAUGUUCAUUUUUUUUCAAAUGAGAAAGAUAGGAUUUCCUUUCUCAUAGCUGAGUCACACCCAGGUGUGUUUACUAACUGCUUUUCCUGUUUCCUUCACUAUGUGAAUGUGCUGUAUUGGCAGAAUAAUGUACUCAGAUGGAAAAGUCUAGUUCCUCGGAGCAGCCUUGUGAGGCAGCGCUGCCUUCAGUGCGUUCAACAGUCAGGAGGGCGAAGCUCAGACGCUGACGUCUGCACAGGGACCAACACCCCUCAGACUCCAAGGGAUCCUGUGACUGAGGAUGCAGGACCUUCUCCUGGUGGGUGCAAGACGCGGCAGACGAGGAUCCCCUUUCCUGGCUCACUCUGGAGUGGAUCCUCAUCUGGGAUGACUGUGGUUCAUCUGGGGAUCCUGAAUGUUCAGGGCCAGUUUCCAGAUGGAAAGUUAAAGCAGCCUCAUUGGCCAUGAUGGUUCUAAAGCUGAUUUCACCCCCAGGCAACAAGUGGAUAGAGGCUCAAGAUGAUGAAGACCAAGGUUGAAGUUGAGGGUUUGGUGUCACAGGAGAUGGUGACAUGCAAGGAUGUGGCUGUGGUCUUCAGUGAGGAGGAGCUGGAGCUGCUGGACGCUGCCCAGAAGAAGCUGUACUGUGACGUGAUGCUAGAGAACUUCAGGAAUGUGGUGUCCCUGGGGCAUCAGAUCAUGACUCCAGAGGUUUCACUCCAACUCAAGAGAGAAGACUUGCUUUGGGUGUUGACGAUGGUCAGUUGGAACUGUGAGUCUACAGGUGAGAACAGAGUGACUCAGCUACCCUGCUUCUCAGCCUGUGCACAACUUUGGGGCUGGUGUCAGCCAGGGCUUUUGCCGCUCUCGUGAAUCCAUCCCGCUCUCAGCAUCAGUUUCCACUUGUACCGACUCCCUCGGACUUAGUCACAUGAUGCUCUUCCUCUCAGUCUUCAGCCCCAUCAGAGAGUCCACAAGAGACACAGAUCGACCCAGUCUGAUGCACUGUUUAAAAAUCUCAGUCAAAGGCCACUAUUUCAGU